CUUCAAGCUAUCCAAUGGAACAUGUCAGAGUUAUCUUCUUCUUCUUUGCUUGUGUUGUUCCAUUUCAGGCCUUAGCUCAGGUAGAUACUUAUGUGUUUGAUCCAGACUUCAACUGUAUAGACCGAGGUAACUUCACAGCCAACAGCUCCUUUGCUGGAAACCUCAACCGCCUUGUCUCCUCACUCUCCUCACUAACAUCAAAACCUUAUGGCUUCUACAACCUGUCCUCCGGAGACUCAACCGGAGAAAGAGCUUAUGCGAUUGGUCUUUGUAGAAGAGAAGUCAAAAGAGAUGAUUGUCUCAGCUGUAUCCAAGCAGCUGCAAGAAACCUCACCGAGCAGUGUCCACGUUCAAAACAAGCUCUUGUCUGGUACACGCAGUGUAUGUUUCGUUACUCAAACAGAACAAUCUAUGGAAGAAAAGAAACAGACCCAACGCUGUCUUAUCGUGCCGGGGAAACAAUAUCAUCAAACAUAGAUGAGUUUGAGCGUCUUCAGAGAGAGCUACUGAAUAGGCUCAAAGGUGUUGCUGCUGCUGGUGGAAGGAAUAGGAAGUAUGCUCAAGGGAACAGUUCGGCUUCUCCAGGGUACAGGAGGUUCUAUGGAAGUGCACAGUGCACGCCGGAUUUGUCUGAAGAGGAUUGUAAUGAGUGUUUGAUCUUUGGGUUUGAGAGUAUCCCUAGUUGUUGUGAUGCUGAGAUUGGUCUUAGGUGGUUUUGUCCUAGCUGUAACUUCCGGUUUGAGACGUGGAGAUUCUAUGAGCUUGACUCUGACCUUGAGCCUGAUCCACCUGAGAGUACUGGCUCACCAACACUAACACCAACACCAACACCAAAAACUCUGAAAACAGGAAAGAGAAAAGGUGGAUCUAAAGUUGUUAUUGCCAUAGUCAUUCCAAUAGUUUUUGUUGCGUUAUUUGCUAUUUGCUUAUGUUUGGUCUUGAAGUGGAAGAAGAACAAGUCUAGAGAUAGAGUCAAAGCUCUUGGAAGUUCACCUUUGUCUGGAUCAGUCGCCGAGGAUGAGUUCUCAAACACAGAUUCUCUAUUAGUUGACUUCGAAAAUCUUAAGGCUGCAACAAAUAACUUCUCACCAGAAAACGAACUUGGACGUGGUGGGUUUGGUUCAGUUUAUAAGGGUGUGUUCUCUCAUGGACAAGAAAUCGCGGUGAAAAGACUAUCAGGUACUUCAGGACAAGGAGACCUCGAAUUCAAGAACGAGAUCUUACUACUUGCAAAGCUUCAGCAUAGGAACUUAGUUAGGCUUAUAGGUUUCUGUAUACAUGGACAAGAAAGGCUCCUUGUUUAUGAGUUCAUCAAGAACGCUAGUCUUGACCAUUUCAUCUUUGAUCUUGAGAAGCGUCAAGUUUUGGAUUGGGGAGUGCGUUACAAAAUGAUAGGUGGAGUUGCUAGAGGACUUCUUUAUCUCCAUGAAGACUCACGUUACCGGAUCAUUCACCGUGAUCUUAAAGCUAGCAACAUUCUUUUGGACCAAGAAAUGAACCCGAAAAUCGCGGAUUUUGGAUUAGCUAAACUCUUUGACAUAGGCCAAACCAUGACACAUCGAUUCACAAACAGAAUCGCUGGAACUUAUGGUUACAUGGCUCCAGAAUACGCUAUGCAUGGACAAUUCUCAGUGAAAACAGACGUUUUCAGCUUCGGUGUGUUAGUCAUUGAGAUCAUUACAGGUAAGAGAAACAACAAUGGUCGAGGAAGUGAUGAUGAUGAUGAUUCAGAAGAUCUUCUUAGUUGGGUAUGGAGAAGCUGGAGAGAAGAUGUUAUAUUAACCGUGAUAGAUCCAAGUUUGACCACGGGGUCAAGAAACGAGAUCAUUAGAUGCAUACACAUUGGUCUCUUAUGUGUUCAAGAGAGUGCAGCGACUAGACCAACGAUGGCUUCGGUUGCACUCAUGCUCAAUAGCAACUCCUUUACUCUCCCGACACCUUCGAGGCCAGCUUUUGUGUUGGAAAGUAUGAUACCUUUGAAUGUUUCUUCUUCAGCGGAAGGGUUACCGUCAAAUGAUGUCACUGUUUCUGAGUUAUCUCCUCGUUAGGGAGUUUAAUCUGUACAAAAAAGGUUUAUUUCUUUAACCCUUUAAUGGGUUUUGUUUGUAUGAUUUUUCAAACAGUCUGGUUCGAUUUCAAUAUCAAUCAAAAUUAAGUAACCUAAUUGUUUCUAAGUACUGAGGAAGUGAGGAAGUUGUACAUUUU